AUGAUUCCAUUUCGGUCCAUUCCCGAGACCUGUUUUUUAGCUAACAAUAAAUCUGCCAGGGAUCAUCCUGACGUUGUCUCAGAAGCAAUUGUUAAAUUACUGAAAGGUCAAUACAUUGAGGAGCAAUCCGAACCACCCUAUUGCGUUAAUCCUUUAUCUGUUGCUAAAGGAAAGAAAUUACGUUUAGUUCUUGAUCUCCGCAACAUUAACGGGCAUUUGCUCAAACAAUCAUUUCGAUAUGAGGAUCUUCGAUCAUUAUCUCAAUUAUUUGAACAGAACUUUUGGUUUUUCACAUGGGAUCUUAAAUCCGGUUAUCAUCAUGUUGAUAUUUAUGUCGCACCCAGAAAAUUUCUAGGAUUUUCGUGGAAUUUUAACGGGAAGUUGAGAUAUUUUAUUUUCUGUGUUUUACCUUUUGGCCUAAGUUCAGCUUGUUAUUGUUUUACCAAAUUACUUAGGCCGUUAGUGAAACGAGGGCGUAUGAUGUCCUACGCCUCUUUUUUCUAUUUAGACGACGGUAUUUCCGGUCAUAAACGUCGUAUUGAUGCUUCUGCGGCCAGUAUUAUUCAAAAGAAAGAUUUAUCGUGUUCCGGUCUUAAAACGAAUGAGGAAAAAUGUCAUUGGGAGCCCAUAUAA